AUGUCUGCGCCUACUCAAGAACCACAUGAGGCAUUGGCCGCUGAUACCUUUGACGAUACCGACUCCACAUUCUCUGGCACCGAUUCAGAAAGCCUCGAGUCACUUCGAUCAAGCGUUUUGCGCUUCCAAGAAGAAAAUGGGAGAACCUACCACGCUAUGAGUUCCGAAAAAUACAAUUUUCCGAAUGACGCAUCUGAGAGUGACCGUUUGGAUCUUCAGCAUAAUCUCUGGCUACUCACCCUUCAUGGAGAACUUGGCCUCAGCCCCAAGAUCAAGAAGCCAGCUAAACGAGUCAUGGAUGUUGGAACUGGAACUGGCAUUUGGGCUAUCGAAUAUGCCGAUCUUCAUCCAGAAGCUCAGGUCGUUGGCGUAGACCUUAGCCCUAUCCAACCCUCAUUGGUCCCACCGAACUGCAACUUCGAAAUCGACGAUCUCGAAAAGGAGUGGAUGUGGUCAGAGCCAUUCGACUUUAUCUUCUGCCGCGUCAUGACAGGAUCCUUCGCUGAUAUGGAGAAAUUCGUUCAGAACGCCUACGAUAAUCUCGAACCUGGCGGCUAUCUCGAGAUGCAAGACCUAACUUACCCCAUCGCCUGCGAUGACGGAACUCUUCCCCCAGACUGCGAAGUCCUCCGCUCCGGUCUUCUAAGCAUCGAAGCCAGCGCUAAAGCAGGACGAGCUAUUAACCUUGCUCCCAAGUACAAAAACUUCCUUAAGAAAGCUGGGUUUGUUGAUGUGGUGGAGAAGCAGUUCAAGUGGCCUAUUAACGAGUGGCCCAAAGACAAGCAUUAUAAAGAGCUGGGAAAGUGGUCUUAUGCUAACAUUAACAAUGGCUUGGAGGGUCUGUUGCUUGGAUUGUUCACGAGGUUCUUGGGCUGGAGCGCGGAUGAGUAUUUCUCGUUUCCAUAA